AUGUUUCGAGUCCUGGCGCAGUUGUGCGCAGUGGGGCUUGUAACUACUUGCGCUGAGCACGUGGACCUGCAGCUCAUGCAGAUGCACACGGCCAGUCUCUUGCGUGGCAGUGAGAUCUGGCCGGGAUGCCGUACCUCAACCCAGGGCGACGAGUGUUACGAGAAGGUGAUGUGGGCGAUGCGAACGGGCAUCAACCAACACCCAAAGUGGUAUCUCCCUCUGACGAGUAAUUCCAGCUUCGAGGACUUCCAGCAGCACCUGCACGUGAUGUGGGCGAUGCGGACGGGCAUCAAACAACACCCAAAGUGGUAUAUCCCUCUGACGAGUAAUUCCAGCUUCGAGGACUUCCAGCAGCACCUGCACGCCGUGGAUCGGCUCUCUGACGUGUGCCCCAAGCCAUGCGCAGCGGCGCAGUCAGAGGAACGACCGACAGAGCAGUUGCCCGCAGUGCCACAUGCAUGCCGCACCAGUGUUGAGGGCGACGAGUGUUACGAGAAGGUGAUGUGGGCGAUGCGGACGGGCAUCAAACAACACCCAAAGUGGUAUAUUCCCUCUGACGAGUAA